AUGGAAGCAGAGUUAAAGAAAGAAGAAUUGAAGAUAAGGCAGCUGGAGUUAAAAAAAGAGUUCCCUGUGGUAGAUGAGGUGGCACACCACGACACUGCAAAAGUACAGGUAAAGUACCCCAAAUUACCUGUGUUCAAUGAUAAAUGCGAUAACAUUGAUGCAUACCUUCAGCGGUUUGAAAGGUUCGCUAGGAACGCUGAUUGGUCCGAAGAAGUGUGGGCCAUCAGUUUAGCCUCCUUAUUGCAAGGUAAAGCCCUGGACAUAUAUCACCAAUUAACCCCUUCAGAAGCAAAUAAUUUUGAGCUGGUAAAAUCAGCACUAUUAAAGGGAUUUGAUUGCACAGCUGAGGGUUUUAGAACUAAAUUUAGAAACUGUAAUUUUUUUACGGGAGAGACUGCCAAACAAUUAAUAGCAAGAAUGACAAAACUGUUUGAGAGAUGGACUGAGAUGGCGGAAUGUGAAAAAGAGUACGAGGUUUUAAAGGAACUGAUCAUCAGAGAGCAAUUUCUAUCCUCAUGUGACCGUAACCUGAGUUUAUUCCUAAAAGAGCGAUCUCUAAGAACUCUACAAGAGCUACAGGAGAAUGCGGAUCGUUUCCUCGAGGCCCACGGAAACCAAGGGACUCGAGCAAUGACACACCAGUCGCAGGUAUUCCGCCCACCUCAGCCCUCAACGCCCAGCAUCCCAGCAACGGAAAAAGGCGCAGUGCGGGGCCAGGUAACUUGCUUCAUAUGUAAUAAACGGGGACACAGGGCAUGGGAAUGUUAUUUCAGGCCACCGAAUGUUCGAGGAAAAUCGAGCAGACCACAGCCGCGGAAGGAAGAUGCAGCCGCCCCAGUAAGCAGUGUUGUAGUUGCACCAGAAAAUAAUCCCCUGUAUGACUUGAUAAUUGGGGAAAUACCAGGAGCAAGUACAGGUGAGGACGACGCACGAACGGAAAAGUGUGGAGUGAUGACGAGAAUGCAGACCAGAUUCGAGAGUGAAUGUAAAAGGAAGACGCCAGUGUUGAAGAUAGCAGAGGUUACGAAAAUGUUGAACACGAAUAUACAGAAAACUCAAGAGGAGGAUAAAAGUUUGGAUGGAAUUCGGAUAUACGUACAAAAAGGUAAAGUUUUUAAAAGGAUGAAAAAUAAUGAAAUAUCUAAAUUCGUUUUGAAAAGAGGACUGCUGUACAGGCAUGUGAUGACGGGAAAACGACAACGGGAUCAACUCAUUGUUCCUCAAGCGUGUCGCCAAGCUAUCCUGGAGCUGGCCCAUUCAGGCAUUAUGGGAGGCCACUUGGGCACAAGCAAAACUAAAGAUAGAAUACUUGCACAUUUCUUUUGGCCAGGUGUUACCGUCGCUGUAACUCGCUACUGCAGAUCAUGCGACGUGUGUCAACGGACGGUGGAUAAGGGGAAGGUGAGCAAGGUCAGACUGGGUGACAUGCCGCUCAUUGGUGAACCAUUUUCCCGCAUGGCCGUAGACCUGGUGGGGCCGCUUGAGCCACGAUCUUCAAAUGGCUCUCGGUACAUCCUGACGGCAGUCGAUUAUGCUACGCGGUACCCCGAGGCUGUCGCUCUUCCAAGCAUUGACACACCUACAGUAGCAGAGGCCUUGGUUACAAUCUUCAGCAGGGUAGGUGUGCCUAGAGAGAUUUUAUCUGACAGGGGGACACAGUUUACCUCUGACAUAAUGAAAGAAGUAUAUCGCUUACUUUCCAUUCAGUCUUUGACCACUACACCAUACCAUGCUAUGUGCAAUGGUCUUGUUGAAAAAUUUAACGGGACACUAAAGAAAAUGCUUAAAAGGAUGUGUGUUGAGCAGCCCAAGGAAUGGCACCGCUACUUGGCGCCCCUUCUAUUUGCUUACCGCCAAGUACCCCAGGCCAGCACGGGAUUCUCGCCCUUCGAGCUGAUUUACGGACACACCGUAAGAGGACCGCUAACACUGCUGCGUGAGUUAUGGGACGGCAGUCCGGUUGAUGAUGAGGUAAAGUCUGCAUAUGAGUAUGUAAUUAACCUACGAGAAAGGUUGGAAAAUACAUGUAGAAUGGCUUUAACAGAAUUAAAACAGGCGCAGGAGGUAGCCCAGCACUACUACGACCAGAAAACCAAAGACCGAAAUAUUGUGGUUGGCGAUGACGUCUUGCUACUGUUGCCUACCAAUACCAACAAGCUGUUGUUCCAGUGGAAGGGACCAUUCAGAGUCUUAGGCAGCCCUAGCAAAUGGAACAAGGUGGUGGAUGUAAACGGGACUCCGAGAAAAUAUCACGUUAACAUGUUGAAGCGUUACGUGUACCGCGAAGGCGAAAAGAAAACGGAGAAAACCGCCGUCGCCGUGGUGGCGUCCGACGCCGUGCAAGGUAAAUUAAUUACAAUUCCCAGUUAUCACCAGCAGGAGACGUGGAAAGACGUACAUUGCAAUAUUCAUUUACCAGACGAUCAGCAAGAAGAUCUAAAGGAAAUUUUACGCAAGUAUGAAACGGUAUUAACGGAUGUUCCAGGUAAAACUAAUGUGACUGAAUACAGAAUUGAGGUGACGGUGCCCGAUACUAUUAGAGUAAAACCUUACCCUAUUCCUUACAGCUUAGAGGAUGUGGUGAGAGAAGAGCUGUCUCAUAUGAUGCAACUUGGCAUUAUUGAAGCAUCGGACUCCUCGUUCUCGACUCCUAUUUUAGUUGUGCCUAAAAAGGAUGGAAAACAUCGGCUUUGUUUAGAUUUCAGGAGACUAAACAAAAUUGUUAAAUUUGAUGCAGAACCCAUGUGCGAUCCAGAAUCCAUAUUUUGCAGGCUAAGUCACAGCAGAUAUUUUUCGAAGAUCGACCUGACAAAAGGUUACUGGCAAAUACCUCUGGAAAAGGAUUCCCGGAAGUUUACCGCUUUUUCUACUCCUGCAGGUUUGUUUCAAUUUACAGUCUUGCCAUUCGGCCUGGUUAAUGCCCCUGCAGCGUUUAACAGACUCAUGAGAAGCUUAUUUGGCAACAUGGAAGGAGUGGAAACCUUCCUGGACGAUAUUCUGGUACACACGACGACGUGGGAUCAACAUUGCAUUCUACUGGAGCAAGUGCUGACUAAACUCUGCAACGCAAAUUUAACGGCGCGACCAACGAAGUGCGAGCUAGGUAAGACAACCUUGGAAUAUUUGGGACAUAUUGUUGGCGAAGGCCAGUUAAAGCCUACUGCUGAAAAGACUAUUAACAUCAUAGACACUCCCCCGCCUACUAGUAAAAAGCAAGUUAGGUCAUUCCUCGGGCUGUCUGGAUACUACCGCCGCUACAUCGAGAAUUACGCCAGCAUCGCCGCGCCGCUGACGGAGCUAGUCAAGAAAAGCGCCCCGUCCAAGGUCACGUGGCGAGAAGAACAUCAGCGCGCAUUCGACAGGUUGAAAUAUGCGCUGACAAAACCCAUCCUUAAACUCCCCGAUAUUAAUAACCCUUUCAUCCUCAGAACAGACGCUUCGGAAGUGGGUUUGGGAGCUGUCCUUUUACAGGAAGAUGCUGACGAGAAACUCCCCGUGGCGUAUGCCAGCAGAAAACUGUCUAACACGGAGCAAAAAUAUUCGGUGAUCGAACGAGAGUGUCUGGCGGUGGUGUGGGCAACCAAGAAAUUCUACAAGUUCCUGUACGGUCGCGAGUUCUACCUCGAGACGGACCACCAACCUCUCGUAUACUUGGAUACAGCAAAAUCACUAAACGGUCGCUUGAUGAGGUGGGCGCUGGCUCUACAAGAAUAUAGAAUGAUUAUUCGUUAUAUCCGCGGUAGUGAAAAUGUUGGUGCAGAUUUCUUAAGCAGAAAUCCCGCGUUAAGUGUUCAAAGUGAAACCGUGUUGUGUUAA